CAGCAACACCGUGGUGUCAGAUUCGUCGACUUAUUCGGACAGACUCAGUAUUCACCUUGUCGUCUCAUCACGGCACACAUUUAAUUCCUACAAGACAAACACGCAAAGAUCUCCAGAGCGCGCAUUACCAUGACUACCAAGAUGGAAGAGCUCCAAGCACUUGAGAAGGAGCUGCUCGAGGAAAUCAAGGAAACCAAGAGAUUGAAUGAAAUCCUCCAAGACCAGAUCAAACGCGAUGAGGUCGAGAUGCCCGUCCUCCCACAGGGCAACGAACUCGAGAAAGGUCUCGCAGCCACCAGUCGUUUCAUCGCCGCAGUCGAAGCAGCCAAGGCCAAAGACCCAGGCACCGACAUCGAGGAGAUGGUGGCUUGUAGAUCGCCUGAGAUGCUCCAGGUCGUCAAAGACAUGGCUCGUUACAAGGAACUCAUCUUCGUCUAUCGCUGGCUCACAGAGCCCGUCGGCGACAGCCAGAUCACUCUCCACCAACGUCAUGGACUCGACAAGCUACCCGGCAUCGCAGCGGCAGAGAUGCCAGAGAGCGUCUUCAUCAACCUCGAGUAUUACCAUCAGCGCUUGUUCGAUCCUGAAAAUGGCACAAUGACCGUCCUCCACAAGCUCUGGCGCCUUGACGAUCACGGUAUUCCCGUCACCCCCUUCGGCGCCGCUCUGCACGAGAACUUCGACAAGGCCGUGGCCGCCGUUCCUAGAGCAAUCCAGAGAGACGAACAUGGCAUGAUCAUUUACGGCCUGGAAGACUUGUCCCUUGCCACCAUCCCCGAGAUCGAGUUGACUCAACCCGUCGAAGAUGAGGAAGAUCUCGUCUAGAAGACCACACAGCCAAUGGGCAGGACCUGAGGAUUCGGAAUGUAGAAACAGGUCAACAGGUCAAACACGGUAGCAUGGAAGCAUUCAAACAGGGACAGUCACAGAUCAAUGUGACCAAGGGCCGACACUGAUGUGGAAUUUCUUUAUUCUUGCAAGUUGCAACUCAAAUCAAUCGAUUAAUUGAAG